AUGGUUCAUCUAAGGUCCUCUAACCUUCCAGCUUUAAAUUGGAGCAGAAAAGCCAUCUUAACCACCUGGAACCAGGACCAAGAGAGCGGCAGUCAUGAGGUUCAACUCGACUGGGGAAAAAGUAUCGAUUGGUGAACUUGGAAGCCGAGACGAGAGCGAAGACACAAACAGAGGCCAGAACAAAAGCCUGUGGAGAAGGAGAAGAAAAAAGAGGAGGAGGAGGAGGAUCACGUGAGCGGUCCGCCCCGGCGUCGGUAGAAGAGGCGUGGCCGAACGGUCUUAGAGAGCGCUGGAUCUGAGGAGGGUGUCAGAGAGGUCAGAUCCUUCCCAAGCCGAACGCUGCACCCCGGAAUUGGGCACAACGCCAGGGUCUUGUGAUCUGGCCAACUAA